GUCGUCAGACAGUCCAUUGUGUUCCGCUGUUUCCUCCCCUCAAGUUCAAGGAGGAAUAAGAUGAGCUCCCAGUCAAACCCUGCGGCUUCUGCAUCGCAAUCAACAUCGGCAUCAUCGUCACGCCCACCAGUGACCCUCGGGCAGACCACCCAUCUGGACCCCGGUGCGUACGUCCGUGGCACCCACGCCAUCACAGUCGGUGAACAUGACCUAGUACAUCCUAGAGCUCAACUGGUCGCUGUCCACGGACCCCUCUCCAUUGGUGACAAGUGCAUCAUCUCGGAGAAAUGCAUCAUUGGUGGCCCUGUUGGGAUCUCAGGCGGCCCGACCUCCGAUCCGGCUUCGAAAACGGGAAGUAAUCAGCCUAGCCCGUUGAUUCACCAGGGCGGUGCCGACGAUGUCGAUGAUGAGGAGCGUGACCCCCUGAAAACUGUGAUCAAUGACAGUGUUUACAUCCAUCCAAGCUCGCAGGUGCAUGCUGGGGCAACAAUCAAGGAGGGAGUCCUGAUUGAAUCCCACGUGACAGUCCUGGCAAACGUCAAGGUUGGGGCACAUGCAAAGAUCUGUGCUGGGGUGACCGUGGAUAGAGAUGUGGCGGACUGGACAGUCAUAUAUGGAAAUGGCGACAUGAAGCGACGGAGGAAGACACGGUCGGCUGAAGAAGAUCAGACCGAGCUUGUCGAGAUGCUGAGGCUCAAGGCCAUGGACAAGGAACGCGAGGGAACAGUGACUCUUCUGAGGGCCGCCACUCGGAUGGCGAGUUUGGCCAAGAAGAAAUGAAGAACUUCUGCAGACGGCUGCCAAAAUACGGACUAAAGAGCUGGCAUUUCUUUCAGCAAGGAGCACAAGAUCGCCUGACCCGAGAUACGUGCAGCAUUGUCUUUGAGGGUCCUUUCGAUAACUUCACGUCGCCAAUAUCGAUGCACUGCCCUGAGACUAAUUCGCUGGCAACCAGAUAUCUCAGCAACUUCUGCAGCGCUCCCUCCAAGAUUACGCCAGUUACUACGCUUGUGGCGAUACACAACCGACACCACAUGGUCAGAGGCAGAGGCCAAAUGCAGGAUGAUGGUCUUGUGUUCCUUGUUAUGAAUCAUAAGUGCGGAUCAAUGCUUCCAUGCUUGCCACCCCUCUUGGUUCUCGGAACUGUCGAUUGAAGACUCCAGUGAGAACAAAAUCGACAAAACCAAUAUGCAGCUCGUCAGGUCAUUUGGUCGGCUCCUCAUCACGGCAUUGAGCUCUUGACCACCCACCUGCCAACAAUUACCGGCGAAAAUGAAAGGGCAGCAAAUUCAGAAGAACACGUCUGAUGUUAUCCGCCUUUGGAGACAAAAUCGGAUUUCACGAAGUAUCCUCUUGUAAGGAACGCGACGACUAAGAUCUCCAGCAGGCCGUGGCUCCCACUGGUGCGCAAUAGUGAAGUAUAAGGCUAGUUCCUCCAGGACGUCCUUAGUGGUGCUAAUAAACCCGACAACGUAGAGUCGCCAUCGGUUGAAGCCGUUAGGGGGGAGUGCAGCGAUUCCCUCUACUUCGGGCAAAUAAGGUGCUACACUCAUCAAGACGACAAUAUGCAGCCUCAAAAGCGCGAUGUGCCAUAGAUGACGACUGUGCAGGACAGACCUUGUGGAUGCUUCACUCCCAGCCACCUCGAUUUUCCAACUCUCGGCGCAGAAAACCGAUGUAGACGUCGAAUCGAAGCACAGCAAUUUACUUAGCGAGGAA